CGUAGUUGGCGCAGAUCAGUAAGCAAAUUCCAUCUCUAUUCGAUAUUCAAGACAAUUAUACAAUAGUUAGAUAAUUUAUUUAUCUAAAAUGCCAAACAAUCAAGAAAUUGAGUUGACGGAACUGCAAAAAGUGGAAACACCUCGGGCCCGAAAUGAAGAUAUCCAAGCAGCGACUGAUGCAGACAUUGAUGGUGAAGUAUCAAUAUAUACACGACCUCGCCCACGCCCAAUUGUUCGCGCCUCCCGCCGCAAUCCAUUGAAUCUAUUAAACGGUCGUUUUAUGUUAGUUCUGAAGUGGAUCUUCUGUCUAUGCGUAAUUCUUUUGCUCAUUUCCUUGAUGCCGCGGACUUAUCAAAACAACAUCGACAAUCAACUAAAAACACCAACGGUUGUUAUAUGGAAUGAGGGAUUGGAAGAUUAUAAAUGUCCCUGCAUAAUAACGGGACGUAAUUAUGCCAGUUUAAUAAUAGAUGCUGUCAUCGUUAAUGCUGAUCGACCCUACUCUUUGUUGGGUUUGGAGAAGAUUUCGCAUGCAGAAAACUUUCUACUUGUGUUUGCAGCAAAGAAUCCAUUGAUUAUUGCACAGAAUCCACUAACGCAGUAUAGUCCAUAUUACUUCAACUUUACCAUGAGCUAUCGUUUGGACUCGGAUAUAAGAUUAACUGAAUACUAUUUCUCAUCGCUGACUCUUCAAACAGUCAUCAAAUUUGAGCAGCCCGACAGGAAUUUUAUGAUGAAUACGGAAAUGAAGUCUACGCUUCGUCAUCGCCUGGAGGGAAAAGAAUUCCUUGCAGGCUAUAUAUCAUUCAAUGAUAGCUAUACUACCAGAUCACAGAUUGUUUACUUGGAGAAUCUGCAGCAGCACAUGAAUCUUACCGACAUUCAAAACUGCGCAAUCGUCAAUGACUGCUCGUCCUACAAAUUUAUGCUGAUAUUUGAGCCUACUUCCUGCCCGGACUUUGUAAAUUCACACAUCCUCGAAGCCAUGCUGAACUUUGUGGUGCCCGUAGUCAUUAGUCCAGGAAAUAUUAGCCAACUUGUUCCUCCCGGAUCUUACAUAGAUGGAGCCGAUUUUGUGUCACCCGAAAGAUUAGCACAAUUUUUAAUCAAAGUCAGCGCAGAAUCACAUUUAUAUGCACAAUAUUUCUGGUGGCAUUCAAAGUAUCAGCUCAACCAAAUAAGAGAACCCUAUUGUUCUAUCUGUGCUGCACUGAAGAAGCCGAAGAGACAGCGUCAGCCCGAAGAGUUCUCCAAAUGGUGGACACAAUACAAAUGUCAAGUUAAUAACUAUUAUUUCUAAAGUAACUAAAUAGUCUUUGAUACCUUUUAUUACUGCUUUUAAUAAGUUUGUAUCUUGACUUCAACAUAAUAAAUAUAUAAU